GGCGGCGGGCUAGUGCCACCUUUGGUGGCGGCGGCGGCGGGAGCUAUGGUGGGUGGCGAGGCCGCCGCCUCAGUGGAGGAGCUCGUUUCCGGGGUGCGGCAGGCGGCCGACUUCGCCGAGCAGUUCCGCUCCUACUCGGAGAGCGAGAAGCAAUGGAAAGCGCGCAUGGAGUUCAUCCUGCGCCACCUGCCUGACUACCGAGACCCACCCGACGGCGGCGGCCGCCUGGACCAGCUGCUGUCCCUAUCCAUGGUCUGGGCCAACCACCUCUUCCUGGGUUGCAGUUACAGUAAAGACCUUCUGGACAAGGUGAUGGAAAUGGCUGAUGGGAUCGAAGUGGAUGACCUGCCACAGUUUACAACCAGAAGUGAAUUAAUGAAAAAGCAUCAGAGCUAAGGUCACAUUGCCACCCCUAGGGACAGGCUUAGAAAGGAGGCCGGGGUGGAGGUGACUGAACCGUGGCAGCUCUUGAAUUCCUGGUGUUUGCAUCAUAGAAGCAGCUGGAAUGGAAAGGGAUGUGUCUACAAGGGCUCCAAAGACGUCUUGGUUCUUCCAGAAGCUGUUGCUGUAAAAAUACAUAUGCAUAUUGAUGUAUUUAUAAAUGGCGAACUCUCCGAAAUUUCAUCAGCUUCGUCCAAGCCAAGACUUUGUUUGAAAUGCCUUUUAUGUUGUUAUAAUAAUGACAGGUGAUGACUUUUAUAAUUUGAUUUUUUUAGCAGAGUACCUUUAAAUGUAAUUCUGGUUUUUGCCCCACCCCCACCCAUUUUUUGCCCUGAGGUAAGCCAGAUUCUCCUUAUUUCUAUCUGAACCCACUCUAUACUUGUACCUCACUGCCG